CCUCGGCCUGGGGACAGCUGGCAGCCCAGCGCGGGACCAGACACAAAGCGGAUCAGCCUGGGGGAGGGGGCCGACCUGCGGGACUCUCCUUCCAGCACCGGCCUUCAGCCACCCCUCCCUUAGCACCCUGCGGACACCACGCCCCGCGUCCACGCCCUCUCCUCAAGCCCCCCCAUCCUUAAAAAGAAGAAAAGUCUCUGACCCGGCGUCCCAGGGCCAGAAGACCUGCCACAGGGCAGCCAGUGGAGACAACCCGACCACAGAGACUGACAACGCGACAGGACCCGCCCCUCUGCCUCCACCUCUCCCAGACCUCUGCUGCUCCACCGCCCCGCCAAGUGCUGGGGGCCGGCGCGGCUGUCACGCUCCGGCAGGGGGACCCUCAGCUACGCAGUCAGCUGGCGCCCGCGUAGAUGGCGAGGAGCCCCCAAGGCCUCCUGAUGCUGCUGCUGCUGCACUACUUAAUGGUCGCCCUGGACUAUCAUAAGACAAAUGGACUUUCUGCAUCAAAAGACCACCAAGAAGUUACAGUAAUAGAGUACCAAGAGGCUAUUUUAGCUUGUAAAAGCCCAAAGAAGACAACCUCCUCCAGAUUAGAGUGGAAGAAACUGGGACAGGGUGUCUCCUUGGUGUACUACCAACAGGCUCUGCAAGGCGACUUUAAAGAUCGUGCCGAGAUGAUAGAUUUCAAUAUACGAAUCAAAAAUGUUACAAGAAAUGAUGCCGGAAAGUAUCGCUGUGAAGUCAGUGCUCCAUCUGAUCAAGGCCAAAACCUGCAGGAAGAUACAGUCACCCUAGAAGUCUUGGUGGCUCCUGCAGUUCCUACCUGUGAAGUGCCCACUUCUGUCAUGAGUGGGAGUGUUGUAGAGCUGCGGUGUCAAGAGAAAGAAGGCAACCCCGCUCCCGAAUACACAUGGUUUAAAGACGGCACCAGUUUACUAGGGAACCAAAAGCUUGGCAAACACAACAGCUCAUACACAAUGAAUACAAAAUCUGGAAUUCUGCAAUUUAACAUGAUUUCCAAGAUGGACAGUGGAGAGUACUACUGUGAAGCCCGUAAUUCUGUCGGACACCGCAGGUGCCCCGGGAAACGGAUGCAAGUAGAUGUUCUCAACAUAAGUGGCAUCAUAGCAGCUGUAGUAGUUGUGACCUUCGUGAUUUCUGUAUGUGGCCUUAGUGUGUGCUAUGCUCAGAGAAAAGGCUACUUUUCAAAAGAAUCUUCCUUCCAGAAGGGCAGUCCUGCAUCUAAAGCCAUGGCAAUGAGUGAAAACGAUUUCAAGCACACAAAAUCCUUUAUAAUUUAAAAGAAUUCCACUUUCAAGAUGCGCCAAAACCAGUUGUCAUACAAGUUAUUAAAAUAUUAUAAAAACCUG